GUGGAUAUUUGUCUCUAGCUUUUCUGCUUUUGGGAUUUGUCCUGUGCUUUUGUUCACAACUCUUUAACUCACUCAAAAGAGGAAAGCUUUACUCUUUAUUUAGAGAGAGGGAGGAAAUGGAGAAAGCAUUAACAAAAGUUGGAAGCUUGAAAGUUGGUGGGUUAUGGAUCUCAAAAAAAGCCAAGGAAGAGUUCUCUAACAUUACUGAAGACUUCACUGCUUUCUCAAAUACUGUUGAAGAGAAGGCAAAAUGGAUUUUCAACAAACUGAAAGGAAAGCCAACGAAAAGUUUGCCAGAUCUCCUUCGCGAUUACAAUUUACCACCAGGCCUUUUUCCCCAGAAUGUUGUUUGUUAUGAAUUUGAUGAAUCAAAGGCCAAGCUGAUUGUGUACUUGUCCUCUCCAUGCGAGAUCAGCUUCAAGGAUUCCUCUGUUAUAAGGUAUGCAACCCGCGUGAAAGCGAUUCUCCUUAGGGGAAAGCUCACAGGUAUUGAGGGAAUGAAGACAAAGGUCCUAGUUUGGGUUAAAGUCACAAGUGUAGCAGUUGAAACCUAUAAGUCCGACAAGGUGUGGUUUACUGCAGGAGUUAAGAAAUCAAGGCCUAAGGAUGCUUAUGAAGCACCCCGGGAUGCUGUCAGAGUCGAGGAAUUUUGAGCACUGAAUAUUCAUCACUGCUUUUUUCUUGGGAUAGAGGGCAUAAUUACUGCUAGUUUUGAUACUGACAGGAUUUCAAUCCUGAUCACUAGAACUAAAAAUCCAGUAUUCUAUCAAUAGAUCACAUAGCUGUUGACUAAUUAUUGUUAGUUAUUUUCCACCUUUAUUUGACAAGAUAAAUUGCAUUACUACUCUGAAAUCCGGGUUAUCGAUCCGAUAAUCAGUUUAUAACGCAGCCUUAAUUUAUCCC